GUGACUUGUAUUGAUGCAGAGGAACAGCGCUCAGUAAUGGCCGCAUGUGUCCGGUACCCAGCGCUCUGCGGGCAGGAGAUAAUCCCGAUGUGUUGUCUCCUUACAGGUGCAGGCCAGGAAGUACGGAGUGACGGCGGAUCAGGGGCUUCCUAUGGCUGGGCGCUUCCAGGGCCUGGUGUCACAUCUCUCAGAAGAUGAGGAUAUCUGGGAGAAGCCGGUGUGUGACUGGACCGUGCAAGACGUUUGCUCCUGGUUGCAGUCUGGACCUCUACAGAACUCAGCGGGCCUGGUCCAAGCAGCGUACACCCAUGACAUUUCAGGACGCGCUCUGCUCAGACUCACAGAUGACUUGCUGCAGCGGAUGGGAAUUCACCAGGAGAGCUUACGCAGUACAGUCCUGGUGGAGGUUCUAGAGCUGCGGCUGCAGCAGGAGCUCCGGCAGCUGCGUCUCAUCACGGCGGUAGCGGAAGAUGACCAGCACUGAAGAUCGGUGAGCACCUGAGAAGACACUUCACCCGUGGAAGCCAAGUUAUACAUUAUACAAUGUGAGCAGUGCCAGUCUGUGCCACGGUGUGUACCGCAGAAGGACCAUGCAGUGCCGGGUGUCAGUCUGUGCCACGGUGUGUACCGCAGAAAGAACCAUGCAGUGCCGGGUGCCAGUCUGUGCCACGGUGUGUACCGCAGAAAGAACCAUGCAGUGCCAGGUGCCAGUCUGUGCCACGGUGUGUACCGCAGAAGGACCAUGCAGUGCCGGGUGCCAGUCUGUGCCACGGUGUGUACUGCAGAAGGACCAUGCAGCGCCGGGUGCCAGUCUGUGCCACAGUCUAUAACCAAAAGAGGACGUGCAGCACUGGGAACCAGUCUGUGUGACAGUGUAUAAUUAUUGUGGAUGUACAGUGCCAGUCUGUGCCACUAUGAGGGGUGUGCAGAGGCGGUUGCCAGUGUUUACCACAGGUUGUAACCAAAGGAGGAUGUGCAGCGCUAGGAACCAGUCUGUGCCACAGUGUACCACUAUGGGGAAUGUGCAGUGCCAGGUGCCAGUCUGUGCCACAGUGUAUAACUAAGGAGGAUGUGCAGUGCCAGGUGCCAGUCUGUGCCACAGUGUAUAACUAUGUUGGACGUAUGGUGCCAGUCUGUGCCACAGUGUUUCACUGUGGAGGAUGUGCAGUGCCAGGUGCCAGUCUGUGCCACAGUGUAUUAUUAUGUUGGACGUAUGGUGCCAGUUUGUGCCACAGUGUAUCACUAUGGGGGAUGUACAGUGCUAGGUGCCAGUCUGUGCCACAGUGUAUCACUAUGGGGGAUGUACAGUGCUAGGUGCCAGUCUGUGCCACAGUGUAUCACUAUGGGGGAUGUACAGUGCCAGGUGCCAGUCUGUGCCACAGUGUAUCACUAUGGGGGAUGUACAGUGCUAGGUGCCAGUCUGUGCCACAGUGUAUCACUAUGGGGGAUGUACAGUGCCAGGUGCCAGUCUGUGCCACAGAUGGAUGAGGAUGGAUGGAGGAGAAGAGGUGGCAGCAGCUGAGGUGGGAAAUGAGAAGAGGGUGAAAGCCGCUGGCUUGGAAAAGGAAGGAAAAAGAAAAGAAGGAGUGGUUGGAGUAGAAAUGAUGAGAGAGUGGAGUGUUCCAUGGUGAGGGAGAUGGGACAGGACUGGAAACUGUAGGAGACGGGAACAAUCAGAGCUUACGCUGCACGGGACAGCUGGAAAUGCAAUAAAGGAAAGAAGGGGAGAGGAGGAGAGAGAGAGAGAGAUUGGGGGUCAUCAGCACAGAAGUAGCGAUUGAGACCGAGGGGAAACCUGACACAAACAAGGUGUAAUGGGGACGGACACACGCGGCCUCGUCUGCGGAAACGCGCCACAGGGUCCAAGGCGCUACUGGGAACAUGUGACAUCCACGCCUGUAUCUGUAUCUGUGUUCUGCUGUCAAUAAAUCUACCCCAACAACUGGGGGCUUCUACCUUUCCUGAUAAA